CGCGUGGAUGUGACUGGCUGAGUGGAGCGCGAGUGGGCCUGUCAGGACGGCCAGGGGGAGGGCGCUGCGCGGGGGGCGGGGCUUGGGCCGGUGGACGGAGGCCGUGCGGCGCGGCGGGCAGGAUGGCGGAGGCGGCGGAGGCGGCGGAGCCUGGAAACCUGGCAGGUGUCCGGCACAUCCUCCUCGUCCUCUCAGGAAAGGGGGGGGUCGGGAAAAGCACCAUCUCCACGGAACUGGCCCUGGCCCUGCGCCACGCGGGCAAGAAGGUGGGCAUCCUCGACGUGGACCUGUGUGGCCCCAGCAUCCCCCGCAUGCUUCGGGCGCAGGGCAGGGCCGUGCACCAGUGUGACAGUGGCUGGGUCCCCGUCUUUGUGGACCAGGAGCAGAGCAUCUCUCUCAUGUCCGUGGGCUUCCUGCUGGAGAGCCCGGACGAGGCAGUGGUGUGGAGGGGCCCCAAGAAGAACGCGCUGAUAAAGCAGUUCGUGUCUGACGUGGCCUGGGGACAGCUGGAUUACCUGGUUGUGGACACGCCCCCGGGGACCUCUGAUGAGCACAUGGCUGCUGUGGAGGCGCUGCGCCCCUAUGGCCCCCUGGGGGCCCUCGUGGUCACCACGCCACAGGCGGUGUCUGUGGGGGAUGUGAGGCGGGAGCUGACCUUCUGUAGGAAGACAGGGCUGCAGGUGGUCGGGAUCGUGGAGAACAUGAGUGGUUUCGUCUGUCCCCACUGCACAGAGUGCACCAACGUCUUCUCCCAGGGAGGCGGGGCAGAGCUGGCCAGACUCGCUGGAGUCCCCUUCCUGGCCCGUCCCCUGCCCUCCCCCUUCGCAGGAUCUGUGCCUCUGGACCCUGAGCUCACCAGGAGCCUGGAGGAAGGUCGAGACUUCAUCAGGGACUUCCCUCAGAGUCCCGCCUUCCCCGCGCUCUCCUCCAUAGCUCAGAAGGUUCUGAGUGAGGCGCCUGCUCGGCUCUCCUGACCAAGGCAGCCCCCUCUCGCGUCUCUGGCCGCGCACACUCAGACCUAAGCAGAGGCCGUGGCCGUGUGGGCCUCUGGGCGGUAGAGUGGCUGACAGUGGGUGGUUCUGUCCUGCGGGCCGGUGGCAGGGCCCGGGAGAAGGUGUGGGGUCCUGGUGGCUGAACUCUCAGGUGACGGCACGCGCACCCCUGGACCCACAGCCGGGCUGUUGUUCGCAGCCAAGGCUCCAUGUGGGUCACAACACCUACACGUCUGGAGAAAUCCUAGGGGUGUCUGCUGUCCUCAGCGCCUCCCACCAGUGCCAUUGUGAGCGAUGCCAGGACAGCGGGGAGCGUCUUGUGAAGCGUUAGACUUAACUUCAGAGGAACCCAUGAUUAAAAGUGUCCCACUGCCGCA